AUGGACGGUUCUCCAAACAGUCAGUCGUCGAGCUCGCGCUCUCGUCCAAACUUUGUGCACCCCAUCCUCAACGAGGAUGAUGGCUCUCACCGCUCGGAGCGCGCCUCAACCAGUCCAAAUCUGCUCCACAUGGGGACAAACCCGCCAGACUAUGACCCAGAAGCUCCGUUCCCGCACACGGACAGCGGCUACGCAUACAUUCAUACGCCAACCGGGAUCGUCCAGGAUACGACUCUGUCUCGUUUUUCUAGCGGUCCCUCGUCACCUACCGCUCCAUACAGUCCCCACGUGCAACUCCAACAGCAGCAGCGUCCUCUGUCCCGCUCCCAGGUGCCCUCCCCGGCAUAUACGACGCCGACGACAGCGUCUGUCAUCACUCGCAUUUCUCAACCAGAGUAUCACCAUGGCACCCCCUUUCUUGGUCCUCCCCCGAUUGCCCAGAACAUUCCGCUCAUCCCAGCUCCCUCGGGUGGUUUCUUAUGUGAACAAUGUUCACAAACGUUUACCCGCGCCCACGAUCUCCGGCGGCACCACAUCUCAAAGCACUCCGAGAUAAAGUGUCAGUGCAUUUGCGGUCGAAACUUUAGUCGCAAGGAUGCCCUUCUCCGCCACCAGCGGCCUGAUCCCGUUUCUGGCUACAUAGGUUGCGAGGAGGCUCAACAGGCCUUGCUCGAGACCGCUGUAAACGCCGGCAGCUCGUAG